UUUCACUUUGCUCAUCUCGCCGGCCGAAGGUGGAAUACAUUUACGGAUCGUUCGCGCGCGCCGCACGCCAACAACCGUGACCGGGAAUAUCCGCACAGCGGCACUACAAUCCAUCGGAUCGUUACGAUCGCACACCUCUAUCUUCUCUACCUACCCAGCUGCUUUUACAUCUUCAAUUGCCCGCCAGUCUCAGACAUGGACACUAAACUACUGCUCCUUUGGAUGAUAGCUUGUCAGGUCUUAGCUGCAACUCCCGAAUCCUUCAAUACAUCACCACCACCAUUCGUGACAUCUUUUAGCUGCAUUGGACGUCCAAUGGGUUUUUAUGCAGACAUAGGAACCAAUUGUCGAGGCUAUCAUACGUGCGAUGAUCACGGCAAUCAUUUCAUGAAUUAUUGUCCAGAGGAUACAGCUUUUCGUCAGGAUGCAAUGGUUUGCGAUCACGCAUAUCUUGUCAAUUGUAAAGCCAAUAUUGACAGCGUAAAUCCACCAACAAGAAUAGGUCAAGAUAAUAAUCACGAUGCACCUCCUUUAUCAUUUAUCGAACCCCAUGACAAAGAAACGAAUGUCAAAGGAUUUGCAAGAUCUUUCAGAAUAAAUCCAGAUGCAAAAAGUUCCAGCUCUGCAAAACAUUCUACGUUUGUAUUGAAUUCCAGUGUAUUUUUGAAGGAUAGAUAUGCGUCGAAAGAACAAAAAUUAGCAUCGACUGGGACCCGUGCGCCAGACAACGAGUUUUCUAUGACAACGGUUAUGCAAAAAGAUUAUUCACACAAUCCAUUCCUUGCUACACACUCGAAAACAACUUCUAAUGAAAUAGUAUUGCCAGAUCAAUUAAUUUCAUUAUCACGAGAACUUCAACCACCGAUCAAAAGUUUAACAAUAUCAGAAGAAAGCAGUGAGACUCAUAAUGAAGAUUAUUCAUUUUUAAUACCGCCAGCAGUAAGAGAUGACAAUGUCAAUUUUGCAAAGAAUUCGUUUACAUUGUCAAAACUAGAUGAUAUCGAAAACAGCAACUCUCGCCUAUCCGUCAUGUCGUCCGAAUCUUUCAAUGUUGACAGUAUCAAUAGCUUUGAAAAAGAUUCGAUUGAAACAGUAACCUUCUCUCCUCGAACUACAAUGAUUUUAGAUAUGAUGAAAGCUCAAACUCUUGAUGAAACAUUCGAUUCUGAUUUUUUUAAGCCAUCAAAAUUACUUUUGCCUCCGUUAUUCAAGUCUGAUUUCUCUGCAUCUGCGAGAUCAAAUUUCAAUUUUCGUUCUAACAACUACCCUUAUGUAGAGACUUUGAAAUCUAUUCAAAAUAAUAAAGCUACUACUUACUCAACAACUCAGUCACCUUUGAGAAUACACGUCACGGAUGCUUCAAUUUUUGCCGUACCAACAAAAUCUCUAGCCCCAGCAAAAGAUAUGGAAAAGGAUCCUUAUUAUCCAAAGCUACCAACAUCUACUGAAAUGUAUUAUACAUCACAAUUACAGUCAGACAAAUCUAGAAAACCGCAGUUCACAACUACACGAAGACCAUUUUCGAGCAAUGCUAAAUUUGAAAUCCCUGCUGUUUUGCCAGAUCUUAACAGUUUGGAAGACUUGCUAGAUCGUAGAAAAAUCUUUUUCAUUCCUCAAAUCAAAUCUUAACUUGAAAUUAGUUUAUUAAACACAAUAUACUCUCGAUAGUUGUUUAUUGAAACA